GCAGCCAAUAAUUGUUUACAGAAGUCGCCGUUGCUAGACACCGCCAGGAGUGUCGGAAUGAAGUUAUUAAAAGCUAGGGCGUUUUCUACUGGCGAAUCAAAUAAAGUUAAACUUACCAACUCACCGGUCAAACGCAUUACAUGUACAUUAAUACCUGGCGAUGGAGUGUAUCCCGAACUUAUGAAAUCCGUUCAAACCGUAAUGAGUGCGAUUGAAGCCCCGAUUGAUUUCGAGACUAUAUUAUUUUCUCAAGUACAACAAUGUUGCACUGCCAAAGUAGAAGAUGUUAUCGAAUCAAUAAAUCGUAAUAAAAUUUGUUUGAUGGGACCAUUAACGAAUCCAUAUGGCACGUCAUCUGAAGAUAACAAUAAUAACUUUCAAAUGAAACUCAGAAAAGGAUUAGAUUUGUAUUCCAAUGAAGUUCACAUAACAUCUUUUCCUGGAGUAUGUACCAAACAUAAAGAUAUAGAUUUGGUAAUUAUCCGGGAACUUACCGAAGGGGAAUACUCUGGCAUUGAACACGAAUCUGUUCCUAAUGUUGUUGAACAUUUAAAAUUAACCACUGCUAAAAAAACGCGAAGAAUUGCCAAGUUUGCUUUUGACUAUGCAAUUAGGAAAAAUCGCAAAAAUGUUACAUGUGUUCACAAAGCGAACAUAAUGAAACUUGGAGAUGGUUUAUUUUUAAAGAGUUUUUUAGAGCUCGCAAAAACGUAUCCUGGAGUCAAGUAUAACAAUAUGAUCGUGGAUAACUGUGUUAUGCAAAUAGUGCAUAAUCCUCAUCAAUUCGAUGUACUUGUCAUGCCCAAUUUAUACGGCAACAUAUUGACUAACGUGGCUGCAGGAUUAGUUGGUGGAGCUGGAGUUGUUGCUAGCUCAUCGUUCAGUCCUGAGUGUGCCGUAUUUGAGCCUGCAUCUAGACACUCGUUCCAAAUUGCUGUUGGUAAAAAUAUUGCGAAUCCAACAGCUAUGUUGAUAUGUGCGUCAAAAAUGCUUAGGCACGUUAACCUACAGCAUUACAGCGAUGCCAUAUUUACGGGUGUUAAAAAAGUGCUUGCUGCUGGUCAAGUGAAAACAUUCGAUUUAGGUGGUUCAAACAGCACUCAUGAGUUUACUGACGCCGUUAUAAAAAGUAUUACCUAACUAUUGUUAGUUGAUCAAAUAUUUUUUUAAGCAGUGCUCAUAGAAAGCGAAUAAUUUUAUUUUUAUGUGUAUAAAAGAAGGUGUGUUCAAAAUUGAUCUUACCUAAUAGGGGGAGGGGGUCUUUAUUUAAAACACAAAUGUAUUAGGGUGAUAUU